AUGUCGGGUUCCUCCAGAACCAGCUCCUCUGAGGAGCGCAGGUUCCUGCCGGUCUUCAUGGAGUCGCUGCGUUUCCAUGACGACCAGAGCGGCAGUGCAUCACGGCUAGAGAACAGCCUGGGCUGUAAAGGGCCGCGGCGUAAGAGGGAGUUCAUCCCUGAAGACAGGAAGGACGCCCUCUACUGGGAGAAGCGGCGGAAGAACAACGAAGCGGCCAAACGGUCCCGGGAGAAGAGACGGAUGAGCGACUACGUCCUGGAGAGUCACCUGAUGGCCCUGAAGGAGGAGAACGCCAGGCUCAGCGCCGAAUUACUCGCCAUCAAGCUGCACUUUGGCUUGGCCCCCCCUGCCACAAACAUGAGUCAACAGAGCAGCCAACUCCACCCCCUUUCUCCUGGUGGCGCCCAUCCCAUACCUGCCACAGGUUCCCACCUCCCACCUGUGCAGAGGAACUGCCUCUGGGGGGGCAGAGAGUCCUCCAUCAUGCCCAACCCCCCACCGCCACACCCCCUGCUGAUCCCAGCAUAUGCCCUCCACUCCAUGAGAGGCUAUUCUUACCUCCACGCUAAAUGCCCCGCCAACCUGUUCAACCUGUCCUGGAGCUCCGGCGCUCAGAGUCACUCUGGCUGAAGGAAGAGGAGCCGCCGCCGACCUCCACUCCCCCCCCGACCCAGAGGAGCCCACAGGAACAUGGACAGAAAGAGGGACGUCUGUGAUGCUGAAGCAUGUGGUGACGCGGUGACAGCAUCCAGUACGACCUUCACCGCCUCCUCAAGGUCAAACUGUAGAAUCUGCAGAUGAUCCUGUGUCUACA